GUACGGGUACGGUACGGGGAUUUGGACACUUUUUUUAAAAAGUUACUUCCCUUAUCAUAAUUGGGAAAAUUAUUCCCAUUAUUGAUUAACAGUUAUACUGGUACUGAUGAUAAAUUAGAACAGAUGGUAAACUUGACCACCCGCAAAUUAUUUUAUUACAAUCGGUGAUUUAUAAAAUCAAACUCACCGUCACAUAGCAGCCACUUAGAACACCAACAAGACUUAGUGUCAACAGAAACAACACAGCAAAGAAACAAAUAGAUGUGCAACAGAAGAUAUGGCAAGCGACAAAGGAGCAGAUGGCAAAGUGAAGAACAAAGGUGAUCUUGCAAGUGGCAGACAAAUAGAUCAUGUAGAUUGGGAAAUGAAAAAUAGAGAAGAUAUUGAAUGUGACAGACAAACUGAUGGCAAAGUGAAGGAUGGGAAAAAUAUUGAAGGUGGCAGACAGGCAGGAAGCAAUGAGAAGGAUAGAAAUAAUUUGGAAGGUGACAAAAAGACAGAUUGCAAAGUGCUGGAUAGAGACAAUAUGGCAGAUGGCAAACUUUGUGAUAUAUGUGGGAAAAGUUUUAAAACCAAAUCAGGAUGUACGAGACACAGAAAAUCUCAUGAAGAUAGAUGCAAGUACAGCUGUGAUGUUUGUGGAGCAGAGUUUAUAGGCAGAGAUGUGUAUUCCAGGCACCAAAAGCAGCAUAAAAGUCAAGAAAAGGAGCCAGUCCAGAAGAGAAAAGGAAAUGAGAAGAAAAGGCCAGUUGUUGUUUGCAAGUUGUGUGGGCAAAUAUUCAGCGGUAUGGACAGUUUCCGUGUCCAUAAGAAUAAACAUUUGGGAAAAAGAUAUUACUGCACCAGAUGUGCGAAGUCAUUUACUACAAGAGAUCAGCUAAAGCUUCAUGAGAGGGACCAUGAUAAUGUGAGAAGCUUCCAAUGUCCACAUUGUAGUGCACAGUUCAAGAGAAAGUCAAAUCUUAACAGACAUAUUCAGCAGCAUGAAGGAGCUCGGAGAUAUGUGUGCCAUAUAUGUGGUAAAGCCUUCGUCUUAAAUGAAUCAUUAACAAGCCAUAUGAAGGUGCAUCAGACUGCACCACUUCUCUCAUGUGGUGUAUGUGCAGCAACUUUUAAGUAUGAAAACAGCUUAAAAACCCAUCUGAAAAUUCAUUCAAAUCUAAAGGAUUUCAAAUGUAAGAUAUGCAGUCGAGAGUUCUUGCGUAAGCGGACCUUGGAGGACCAUUUGAAGGUGCAUGAGAAGGGGACAGACCGUAAAGCAUUGUUUACAACACCAGUUGAGUUCUGCACACUGUGUUCUAAAGGGUUUGCCAAUGCGUAUGGUCUAAAAAGACAUAUGAGAAAACACCGUAUGGGAAUACUGAAAUGUUACAAUAGAUCUUGUGGUAAAAAUGUUGUUAACAAUCCAGAAGGUAGCAGUAGUGUCAGACCAGGUAUUGAGAAAAAAACACACCAACAGAAAGUUAAAGUUUAUCCACAGAUAGUUGAUACUAGCCAGUUGUUUGAGAAAAUUGAUCCAAAGUGUUUCAUGGAAAAUGAUACAGAGAUGACUGUCGAAGAUGAAAGCCAAAGUGAACUUGAUAGUUAUACUGAGCCAAGCCAAGACAUUCAGAUAAAUGAUUCAUUGUCUGUAUCUAUUGAUUCCCAAACUUCAGCAUUGCAGGCUAAAAAUAUUGUGACAGUUACUCGUGAGAGUGAUGUUCUGAAUAUUGAACAUGGAAUGAAAUCAAAGGAAUGUGUAUCAGAUGAUGGCUCUUGUUCCAGUUUCGAAGCAGUUGAUACUGAAGACUUGGAUGAACCUGCACCUGAAGAGUUAGAUGAUAUCGGUAGUUUUACUAAAAUGAGUGAUGAUAUUGAUAAAUCUGAAGUAGAUUUUGAUGAAGUCAAUCAAAAGAAUAGAGAUGGUGUUACAAAAGUAAGUAAUGAAAAAGACAAUGUCAAAGCAAAUAACAAAGACUGUUUAAGUGAUAUAAAUUUUAAAGUGAUUGUGGGGAACUUUGAAAAAACAUCAGAAACACUAGAUUAUGACAAAGACUUACUUUGCAAAAAUAAAGAUAUCACAGAAGAAGGAAGUGAUUGCCCACCAUUGAAGAUUGUUGUUGAAGAGUUAGAUAAUAUUAAGUGUAAUUUAUCAGAAAUGACCAGUCAGUCAUCAAAUGAAGAAGCAAUACCGUUAAAACAAAAUGUGGCCAGUAUUGAUUGUAAGGAUGGAAGCAGCAGUAAGGCAAGUUAUGACAAGUCACAAAGUUUAGUUUGCAAAGUUUGUAGUAAACGUAAACAUUUCAAAAAUAAGAAAUCUUUGAUAUGUCACAUGAGGAAACUGCAUAAAGAAGACAUUACUUGCAGAUUUGAGUGUAAAACAUGUCUUAAAACAUUCUUCAUUCAAACAGAUUAUGAAAAACAUAUGAAAUCUGUAAGGCAUGAAUUUAAAAGUAAUGCAAAUGCUUUGGAAUGUAAGUUCUGUCUGACAAAGUAUGCCAGUGUGGCCAGUUUGAAAAUGCAUUUACAUAGGUACCAUACCUAUGAAGAUGGUAAAAUAUACAGAUGUGAUCAAUGUGAAAAAAUGUUUGCCUCACAGAUUCUCUACAGAAAUCAUAUAGAUAGUCACGCAUUAGGAAAAUGUAUGUCUAGAGAACGGUGUGAAUGCAACAUCUGUGGGACUGAAUUUAAAACACGAUGUUCACUUAGACGACACAAGAGAAUUAACCAUAGUGUUGAGGAGGAUGAGGAAUUCACGCUGUUUGAUAAUGAAGAUGACUGUAAUGACAGAGAGAUAGGCAAAUAUGAAAAUAGCACAGAAGAGGGGGAACAAACUUUACAGGGAGGAGCUAGUGGGACAGAAGAAGAAAACCCAGAAGAGAUGAUGAAGCAAAACUUUGAAGAAGGUGUGGAUAGUGGACCAGAGUUUAUGAAGGAUGGGAGCUAUAAUAUAUUGUGGACCUUAAUUAAAGGUCCGAAUGAAGCAAACAGUGUUGAUUGGAAUGCACAGAAAAGUCCAGAAGCAAAAGAACGAGUGAAUAAUGUAGCUGAAGAAAACAGAAAUGAAAUGAAAGAAGAGAGUCCUCCUGAAAAUCAUAGAGAGCAAGAGACUAAAACAAAUGUGAAUGAAACAAGUUCUGUUUCAGUUACUGAACUGGAUAAAACAGUUUUAAAUGAGGAAAAGGAAAAUGGUAAUCACUGCAAUAUAGAUAAAAUCGAACAAUCAGAAAAUGACAUUUUUGAAACAGACAGGUUGCAUUCACCACAUGUAAGAGUUAAAACAUUCUUUAACAGCAAAAAAUAUGGUAAAUUUGCGACAGCUAGAUUUCAGCGAAAAUUUCAAUGCAUAAAAUGCUACAAAACUUUUCAUAUGAUGUCAACUUUAAAACAGCACAUGUUGGGACACGAGAAGCAACAGUCUGAUCAACCAAAGUUGUUUUCCUGUGAGCUAUGUGAUGGAAAAUACAGUAAAAUGACACAGUUGAUGAUUCAUACACAUAAAGUGCACAGCAAGUUUUCGUUAACAUGUAGUUACUGUCCACGCAGGUUUACUUCCUUGUCCUGUCUUAAAUUACAUAAAUGCAUUAAACUUAAGCAAAUUAAAUCAAUGGAUACAUUAAAACAAGCAGGUAAAGCAGCUGACAAGGGAAAUGGAGAUUGUAUGUGCAGUGUAUGUGGUAAACAGUUUACAAAAGGUUUCCACAGGUAUACAUAUACUGGGCACUAUCAGUGUGACUUUUGUCAGGCAAAGUUUACUCAGUUGCAUCAUUUUAAAAGACAUAAAAUUAAGUCACAUCUAGUACCUGAGGCUAGAUUUCAAAAAUGCUGUGGCAAAACAAUUUUAUCAAAAGAGGAUUUACAGGUGCAUAUAAGUAGACAUAAAAAGGGGAUGCCUUUCAGAUGUGCUGUGUGUUUAAUGUCUCUUUCAUCCAAAUGUAAUUUAGACAGACACCUUAAACUUAAGCACAGUGAUUUUCGAAAUGGUGAUGGCACUUCAUCCAAUGAAAUUUGUGAUGAAUGUGAGAAGACAUUAUUUCAAGACCAGUCGAAACUGGAGUCAAAUGGUAAAACUAAAACACGUGUAAAAUCUUAUGACUGUGAAUUGUGUGAUGAAGCCUUUUUGACAAAUACACGUUUAAAAACACAUCUAAAAAAUGUGCACAAUAUCUACACAUACCUUUGUAACAAAUGCCCUAAACGAUUCUCAAUUUACUCGAGUCUGAAACGUCAUGAAUCCAUAAACCACGUGGAUAGCAAUAAAGUGCAGCGCAAUUUUAUGUGUAGUGAGUGUGGGCGCUGUUUUACUGCAAAAGAUUCCCUUAGAGUACACAUGUUCACUCAUACUGGAGAGAGACCAUACAAGUGUUCUGUGUGCACUGCAUCCUACAUGCAAUCUGGUCACCUACGCAGACAUGUAAAAGUUACACAUGAGGGCAAGUUGAACUAUAAAUGCCAGUAUUCUGGCUGUGAUAAAAGUUUUUAUGAUCUUAGUGUGUUACGUGUUCAUCAGAGAUCGCACACAGACGAGCGUCCAUAUACAUGCCAGCAGUGUCCUAGUAGAUUUAGAACCUCAAAUGCCAGGAAGACCCAUAUGAGGACUCACCUUCUGAAUAAGCAGUUUGAAUGUCAUAUCUGCUUUCAGGGUUUGACAACUAAAUAUUGCUUACAACAGCAUUUAAAAAGGCAUGAAGCAGCAGAAAAAAUGAAUCCCAGUUCCGCUUUAUAUGAUCCAAAUUUUAAAAGUAAGAUACGACAGAAAGUUAUUAAGAAAAUGGAGGAGAAGCGUUUUGCCUGUUCCUUUUGUUUUCGAAAAUUCACGACAACAAGAGGUGUGUAUGCACAUCAAAGAAAAUACUGUGGUCAAGGAAAAGAUGCAAACCAUGGAAAUAAUGCCAGAUAUAAUGUGUUAAACUAAUCAACUCUGUAGGCAACAAGAAAUUGUGUACCAAACAGCAUUUGAUUUACACAUUUUGAAUGUUUUGAUAAUUUUUGGAACUCUAAGUGUAAAAACUCUAGCAUAUGAGAUGCAUGCUAUUGGUCACAUUGCUGCAACAUUUAAUAUGUUUAUCUUGUAUCUGUUUGGUCUAUCUUCUAUAUACAUGUAUGAAGGAAAGAAACUUAUACCUGCACUGAACAAAACUGUAAGUACUUGGCUGGACUAUAGGAAACUGCUUAGGCCAGUUUCUUAAUUUUAUAGAAACACUACAUGUACUAUUAUUAGCAUUGGUAGGAAAUUUGAAAUACAGUUAAAUAGUACCCUAUCAUAUUUUUUACCUGCUUAUGAGCCUUGUGUGUGCAGAAAUUCCUUAAAAUCAGCUUCACGCAAUGAAAAUUAAAGAUUUUUUAAACAAUUUGCUUCAGAGAUUUGGUUUUCUUUCUUUUCUUGGAAACAUGUCAAAGUUUCUUUGAAAAUUAUGGUACUUUUUAGCAAUUAAAAUGAAUUUAUUCACUGCUUUUGACUUGUAGGAAUUUGAUGCAGAAUUCUUUUUAUAAUGCUUUGAUCUUUUUUGACAAGAAACUAAUUUUCCUCAAUGGAAACUGUGUGCAAAAAAAGAGUUCUGAUGUGUUUAAGUACAAAAUUUAAGAAAUAAUAUAUCUCAUUCUGUGAUUUGUUGCUGAAUGAAAUUAUUGUUUGGAGUUCGGAUGUGAAGGAAUUAUAUUAUGAGGGCACAGCCCGAAUGGUAUAAUAAUGAUUUUGUUCAAGAGCAAAUCACUAAAUGAGAUAUAUUAUUUUGAUUCUAACUUGUUACUAAGGAUUUUUAAGUACAUCCAUCAAAUAUUUAUCUAUUUCCCGUUGGUUUAUUUUCCAGCACGCCGCUACGCAGUUUGACAAUAUGACAUAAUAAUUGUGACGUCAGAAAAAUGAAUUGUUGUAUAAUAACACACAAUUUUCUGCCUUCUUUUAUAGGAAAAUGAAUCAGAUCAUGUUAGAAUUAAGUACAAAACUUUAUACAUGUAGUAUGCUAUAAUAUGUAUGUUGUUGCAAAUUUAUUUCAUCUAUAUAAAAAUACUACAUGGACACUAUCUCAAAAUUCAUUUGACCAUUUACAAUUUUCCUGGUAGUUUUUCAUUUGAAAUAGGAAUAAUUCAGAAUUAUAAUACAAACAUUUCAUGUGUAA